AUGUCAGGAUACGGUAACGACUCUUACGGCAACAACAACAAUAACAAUUCCUAUGGAAGCGAUUCCUACGGUAAUAACAACAACUCCUAUGGUGACGAUUCCUACGGUAAUAACAACAACUCCUAUGGUGACGAUUCCUACGGUAAUAACAACAAUUCCUACAAUAAUAACAAUGAUUCUUACGGUUCUGGCAACUCUAAAAACAAGGAUUCAUACGGUAGUAGAAACGACAACUCUUAUGGAUCUAACAACGAUAAUUCCUACGGUUCCAACAACAACUCUUAUGGAAACAACGAUAACUCUUACGGUAGUGGAAACAAUAACUCUUAUGGAAACAACGACGAUUCAUACGGUUCUAAGAAGAACUCUUACGGAUCCAACAACGACGAUUCCUACGGUUCCAACAACAACUCUUAUGGAAACAACGACGAUUCAUACGGUUCUAAGAAGAACUCUUACGGAUCCAACAACGACGAUUCCUACGGAUCCAACAACAACUCUUAUGGAAACAACGACGAUUCUACGGUUCAAAAAACUCCUACGGAAACAACGAGAUCCUACGGAUCAACAACAACUCUUAUGGAAACAACGACGAUUCAUACGGUUCUAAGAAGAACUCCUACGGAUCCAACAACGACGAUUCCUACGGAUCCAACAACAACUCUUAUGGAAACAACGACGAUUCAUACGGUUCUAAGAAGAACUCCUACGGAUCCAACAACGACGAUUCCUACGGAUCCAACAACAACUCUUAUGGAAACAACGACGAUUCAUACGGUUCUAAGAAGAACUCCUACGGAUCCAACAACGACGAUUCCUACGGAUCCAACAACAACUCUUAUGGAAACAACGACGAUUCAUACGGUUCUAAGAAGAACUCUUACGGAUCCAACAACGACGAUUCCUACGGAUCCAACAACAACUCUUAUGGAAACAACGACGAUUCCUACGGUUCCAACAACAACUCUUAUGGAAACAACGAUAACUCUUACGGUAGUGGAAACAAUAACUCUUAUGGAAACAACGACGAUUCAUACGGUUCUAAGAAGAACUCCUACGGUUCCAACAACAACUCUUAUGGAAACAACGAUAACUCUUACGGUAAUGGAAACAAUAACUCUUAUGGAAAUGACAACAAUGAUUCCUCCUGGUGAUGAUUUCCAGAAGAAUUAUCUAACUUUAUAUUUUUCCUAUAUAAAACGAAAGGAUAUCGACUUAUGUCACUUGAAUAGCUUUUAG